CGAUCACACUGUUUCAUGAUUCAGUUUGACUUCGUUGCAACGCUGGUUGAUCGAAUGAUCGUUGAGUGAUUUGGAAUUAUUUUCAUCCAGCUACAUGUAACUGCUGUUGACCUGGAAUCCCCACGUUGGUGACCGAAUAUGUGAGCAUUAGUGUUGAAGUCCAAAGUAGCCUCUUCUGUGAAUUCUGAGCCAAUUUGCCACAAUGAACACUUUAGCGGGUUACAACAGCAGUGAUGACGAAGGCCCAGUUUCAAAUUUCGGCGAGGCCACAGCUUCUGCUGCUACUGCUGCUACUUCCGAACCUGUUGCAAUGGCGAGUGCAGCAAGUGCUUCUUUCUCCGCAGCCGCUUCCAUGCGUGUAGUUGCUGCGCCAGAAGUUGCAGUCAAGGAGGAUGUCGCCACCGGAUCCUUUCUGCAGCCGGACACGAAAGAGAUUUCGUACAACCCUCGCUAUGAAGAGAUGUAUGGGCCUGAGGUUGGUCCGGAGAAUCCGUUCAAGACCCGCCAGCAGAAGGCGCAUAAAAACAUGUUGGCUGGUUAUGUGGAGCCAGCACACGUAAAUGCUUUUCAGUUUGAAACGCAGCGUCGUACCUAUCACUCUUAUGGUUAUGCUGUGGAUCCAACUGUUGACAACGCUGCUGGUGUUCCUGGAUCGACGUUUAUUGGUGAGGUCGAGGCGGCUGCUGCCAGCAAAGGAUUGACUGUCUUCGAAAGCAGCAAAGCGAGGCCAGGUGACAAGCGAAAGCGUUCAGAUCGUGGUGAUCCGUCCAAGAUCGAUGGCUAUCACGGACCCUGGGCAGGCUACGUGGAUGACGUGACAGUCUCUCGUCCAUCAGAGGAGCAACAGGUUGUACUCGACAAGUAUAACGACGCCAAAGUGGCUCAAAGUCGUCAGAAAGACGACAAGACCAUUGAUGAGAAGACACAGCUGCAUAUCGACGAUCCUCUUGACUACCAGGGCAGAUCGUUUCUGCAUGCACCUCGUGACCUGGAUGUUGACCUUCACUCUGAGGAUGGUCCCGACAAGUGCUUCCUGCCCAAGCGCUGCAUACACACAUGGACUGGCCACACGAAAGGUGUAUCGGCAAUUCGACUAUUUCCCAACUCCGGCCACUUACUCCUCUCAGCCAGUAUGGACUGUAAAGUCAAGCUUUGGGAAGUAUACAACGAUCGUCGGCUGGUACGUACAUACACAGGUCACAGCAAGGCUGUACGUGACAUCUCAUUCAACAACGAUGGAACGCGGUUCCUCACUGCAUCCUAUGACCGCUAUGUGAAGAUGUUUGACACAGAAACCGGCCAGUGCAUAGGUCGCUACACAACAAAGAAAAUCCCGUACUGCGUCAAGUUCAACCCCGAUGAGGACAAGCAACACAUCUUCUUGUGUGGAACUUCAGAUAAGAAGAUAGUCCAGUGGGACACAACAAGUGGUGACAUUAUGCAGGAGUAUGACCGGCAUUUGGGUGCCGUCAACACCAUCUCGUUUAUUGAUGACAACAAACGAAUUGUCUCAACAUCCGAUGACAAGAGUCUGCGAGUUUGGGAAUGGGAAAUCCCCGUGGACAGCAAGUACAUAGCUGAGCCGUCGAUGCAUGCAGUAUCAAGUGUGGGCAUGUCGCGCAACAACCGAUGGAUGGUCUGCCAGAGCUCCGACAAUCAGAUCCGCGUCUACGAUGCAGCACACAAGAUGCGCCUCAACAAAAAGAAGACCUUCAAGGGACACAUGGUUGCAGGUUAUGCGUGCCAAACGGGCUUCUCUCCCGAUGGCCGGUACGUGAUCUCCGGUGAUGGUGAUGGUAACCUGUGCGUGUGGGACUGGAAGAGCUGUAAACUGUACAGCAAAAUGAAAGCGCACGAUGAAGUGUGUAUUGGCUGCGAGUGGCUUCCGCACGAGACCUCCAAGGUCGUGACGUGCGGCUGGGAUGGCCUCAUCAAGCUCUGGGACUAGUUCUCCGUGGCGACAUAUGUGUGUGUGUGUGUGUGUGUGUGUGUGUGUGUGUGUGUGUGUGUGUGUGUGUGUGUGUGUGCGUGUGUUCAUAUGUGUGAGUCUGUGCGUGCGUGUGAGAGUCUGUAUGUGUGCUGCAUACUUGAUAAUAAAAAAAUCUUUCUUUUCCUUCAUCUUCUGACCCAACCUCUGGGCUCUCAUUCCUACCACCAAGCUGGUAAAUUUCAGAAGACCUUUGUACUUGAAACAAAAAAUGCUUCACCAUAACUUCAUGAAACUCUAAUAUUGUUUGUAAUCACCACAGCCAUGAAACUCCCAUGUCAUCUAAUUUCCUGUGUUAAUGCUCAGUCACGUUUAUACUCGCACACACACAAGUUUUUUUCAUUUUACGUUUUGAAUAGCAGGAUUUCGGUCACAUGUCCACGUUGAUUUUGUGCCUGUAGGUUUAGUGUUGCUUGGUUAGCUUCACCUCCAUAUGCAGUCUGUGACCUUGGACCGAAAUAUUAUUGUACUCAUGAUGAUCAUGAUAGAAAUUUGGUAAAGUUCAGGUCUAGUAAUGGCCAAUCCAGUGA